UGCUCCUCUGCGGCGGCCAGAAUUGCGGCGUUUGUUGCCGGAGGAGCCGUCCCUCGGCCAGCGGCGAGCUUGGCGCGGCUCUGUUGGGUCCCGGAGCUCGAGGGGCAGGGAGUCCGCCUGCGGGAGCACCGCGGAGAGAAGCGGCGGCGGCUGUUGCAGGAGGCCUGCUUUAAGACUCCUCACUUCUGCAAGGAAGGAAAGGAAGAGAAGACUGGCUCAGCUCUCUGGAGGACGGGCUGCCCUCUGCUGUGUGCUUACUACCACCGGAACAAAGAAAGGAGGGGGAAAUUGCACCCCAUCAGUGCAGAGCCACUUCCAGCUGCAGCUCAGUUGAUGUUGGACUUGCUGCUGACCCGCCCUCAACAGGUCUGCACCCAUUCUGGAACCAUCCAUCCUCUCUGAGAUUGCUUGUGCCUCAUCUUCUCUCUGUAUUGUUGGCUGAGUUUGGGCUUGAACAGGUGACUGACUGGCUGCUGAAGUGGUGAUUGACUCAAUUUCUUAUUUCCAACUUGAAUAAUUGAGCAAUCCGAAAGUGAAGAACAAAACUGUGAUACAUCUGUGGUAGAGACUGAGACUGGUAUAGGGGUAUCCUCUGUAAUUUGAACCAUGACUGGGGCGGAGAUUGAGCCUGGUGCCCAGGCCAAAACUGAAAAGAAGCCUGGAGAAGAGGCAGGAGGUGGGGCUGAGAGAGAGAAUGAGGCCCCAAUGGUGGUCAGACCCAAGGUUCGGACCCAGGCUCAAGUAAUGGCUGGGGCAAGGCCCAAAACUGAAUCUAAGACUAUGUCUGGGGCAAGGCCCAAAACUGAGGCCCAGGGAAAGACUGGAGCAAGGCCUAAAACUGAGGCCCAGGGAAAGACUGGAGCAAGGCCCAAAAGCGAGGCCCAGACAAUGCCUGGGGCAAGACCUAAAACUGAAUCCCAGGCAAUGUCUGGGGCAAGACCCAAAACUGAGGCCCGGGCAGUAGGUGGAGCUCGUCCUAAGACUGAUGGCAAACCAAUGCCUGGGGCGAGGCCCAAGGAUGAAGCUCAGGCUUGGGCCCAGACUGAGUUUGGGGCUGAAGCCAUAUCACAGACAGAUGGUGAUUCCCAGAACAAUUCUGUAACCUGGCCACUGGUUAGUUCUGAGUCUGGGUCAAUUGCCAAACCUAUGGCCCUAUCUGUGGAUAGAGAACUGGUCAAUGUGGAUGCUGAUACCUUUCCUGGCUCCCAGGUUCAGACAGUAAUCCAGCCCUGGUUUGGUUCUGGGGAAGAAGCUAAUAUGGGGUCUUGGUGCUACCCCAGGUCUAGGACCAGAGAGGAGGCCUCUAAUGAGUCUGGAUUUUGGUCAGCAGAUGAGGCCUCUACGAUGUCUUCUUUCUGGGCUGGAGAAGAGGCUAGUAUCAGGUCUUGGCCCAGGGAAGAGGCCAAUACAAGGUCUCGGCAUAGAGCUAAACAUCAGCCUAACCCCAGAUCCAGACCCAGAUCCAAGCAAGAUCCUUAUGUUGACUCCUGGUCUGGAUCUGAGGAAGAGUCUGGCAACCCAUUCUGUUUCUGGACUGGAGAAAACACAAAUAACUUGUUCAGGCCCAGAGUCAGGGAUGAGGCAAAUAUCAGGCCCAAACUUAGGUCAAAGAGAGAGGACUUCUUUGAAUCGGAGUCUGAGGAUGAGUACUAUAAGGAGUCCUGGUUUCUACCUGGAGAAGAGGCUAAUAGUCGAUUCAGGCCCAGAGAUAAGGAAGCGCCUAAUAAUAUCUUGAAGCCCAGGACCCAGAAGGAUGUUAAUAAAGGUGAUAGGGUCAAACAAAAACCCAGGUUUGAGGAGGAAGUCAUUAUUGGGUCCUGGUUCUGGGCAGAGAAAGAGACCAGUAUGGAGGCUGGGGCUUCAGCCCUCUGUGAAUCCAGGCCAGACACUGAAGAGGGGGCCAUUGGUGGGUCCUUGUUCUGGAAUGAGGAAAAUUCCAGUUUGGGGGCUGUGGCCAGAGAAGACACCCGGCCAGAGUCUGAAGAAGAGGCCAUAUUUGGUUCCUGGUUCUGGGACAGGGAUGAGGCCUGCUUUGAUCUAAAUCCCAGUCCUGUGUACAAGGCUGGUCCCAGGUUCAGAGAUUCAGCUGAGGAGGAAAUUAAUGCUUCAUCUAGGCCACAAACCUGGGAAGAGGUCACUGUUGAAUUCAAACCUGGUCCUUGUCAUGGGGUUGGCUUUCCAUCCCCAAACCCCUUUAGAAUUCCCGAAGAAGCAGCAUCUGUAUACACUGAAGUGUUUGAGGAAAAACCCAAGAAUGUGGAACCUACCCCAGAAGGGGAGGCGCAGGAAUCUUUGCUUCCACCUGAUCAGCCUGACCCUGAGUUCCCCUUUCAGUAUGAUCCAUCCUACCGGUCAGUCACAGAAAUUCGAGAGCAUCUUAGGGCCAAGGAGAGCGCAGAGCCUGCCGAUUGGUCCUGCAGCUGCAUACAGUGUGAGCUUAAAAUUGAUUCUGCAGAUUUUGAAGAACUCCUUGUAUUAAUGGACAAAAUUCGCGAUCCUUUUAUUCAUGAAAUAUCUAAAAUUGCAAUGGGUAUGAGAAGUGCUUCUCAAUUUACCCGAAAUUUUAUUCGCGAUUCAGGUGUUGUCUCACUUAUAGAAACCUUGCUCAAUUAUCCUGCCUCUAGAGAGAGAACAAGUUUUUUGGAAAACAUGAUAAACAUGGCCCCACCUUAUCCCAACCUAAACAUGAUUGAGACAUUCAUGUGUCAGGUGUGUGAGGAAACCCUUGCUCAUAGUAUGGGUUCUGCUGAGCAGCUGCUUGGAUUAAGGAUGCUGAGACACCUCACUACAACUACUGACUAUCACUCACUGGUUGCCAAUUUUAUGUCUGGGUUUCUCUCCUUAUUAACCACAGGCAACGCAACAACAAAGUUUCACGUUCUGAGUAUGCUGUUGAAUUUGUCUCAAAAUGCUAAGGUGAUAAAAAAGCUAUUUAGUGCCAAAGCUCUAUCAAUAUUUGUGGCUCUUUUUAACAUACAAGAGAAAAAUGAUAAUAUUCAAAUGGUUGUUAAAAUGUUUCAGAAUAUCAGUAAUAUUAUAAAAAGUGGAACAAUGGCCUUAAUUGAUGAGGAGUUCAGUCUUGAGCCACUUACUUGUGCUUUCCAUCAAUUUGAAAAGUUAGCUGAAGAGCUACAAGUCCAAAUAGACAGUCAAAAUGAUUCUGAGGCAGGACAACCAAGCUAAUGUGAUUAACUACCUGCCUCUGAUCAGCCUUAUGUUCCCAAAGAGCCCUGAGUAGUGCUUUGGUGUUCAGAGUCUGGUUUGAUGUUGUAACUUACAUUUUUAAUGCUGAUGUUAACUUUGUCCAAUUCUUGUUUGAGCUGGAUAAAUUUGUGGAUGCCAAAUGAAUAUUGGAGCUGAAAACGUAUUUGUUGAUACUUGUCUUGCUGUCCAGAUUGCAGUAUUUUUUCGUAUUGAGCUUCUAAAGAACUGAGUCGCUUGUGUAAGCUACCCUGCUAUUCGUUGUUUAAACAUAUGGUUCUCUAUUUGAGUCUGUGUUUUCAAUAAAGUUCUAUGUGAAAGUUGACAGAAGUCACCCUUCUUCAGUUUAUGAUCAAGGCUCAGUACAUUGUGUGCACUGAAAACAUUGAUAAUCAGUAGGACAAACAUACCCUCAUUGGAAAAUCCCAUUUCUGAAGCUUAAGAAGGAAGAGCAUACUGUCAACAACUUUAGAAGAGAGACCCACUCAAAUGGGUCACAAAACGAUAAGAUAAGACAUUUGUUGUUAAACCGUUCUUGGAAGUGAGCGGCAGUGGUGUGAAGAGAAGUACGUAAUUGGAAAAUCUGCCCCAAUAGCAUGGAUGUACCCUGUCUGUUUGGAAUAGGUGAGAAAAGGUCAGUGAGGAUGCAGUUGAAAUGAGGUCAGUUUGGAGAGCUAAGUAAGCCAAAUCUGCACAUCUGCAACUCAUAGUACAGGUGUUGCUUCACUGCCACCUGAAAAGAGAGAGAGGAUAGCACACCAAUUAAAUAUGAAGAGGGUUACCUUUGUGAUCCUGCUCUGAGGAGAGUAUUAAGGAAGUACCAUGCAGCUAUUAAAAAGGUGUAUCGGGCCUCUCUGGUGGCGCAGGCAGUUGAACGCCACACUGUGAGGCUGUCUGCGGCCUCUGCAGCGCGUGUUCAAUACCGGCAGGCCGGCGAGAAUCCCACAUGGCAUGGCAGACCUCUCUUGUCUCGCCUUCUGCUCCCCUCAGCAGUGUAUUUCGUCAGUCUGCCUGUUCUGUUCCCCGCUGUGUCUCUGGUGAAUCCUCUCACCCUCCCGCACCUCUGGCCUGUACCCCGGUUCUUGUAUAAAUAAAUAAAUCUUUUUUAAAAAGGUGUAUAAAUUGGCUUGAGAUGACACUGAUGCUUUUAUAUUCAAUGAAACAAGAAAGGGACACUCGUGGAAAUUUAGACCCCAUUUUUAAAAUGUGUGUA